GUUACACGGAAAGUAUGGCGCCGCAUACCAGUUGCAGUCCGGUCGGUGGCGUCGAGUACGAAGAACCGGUGUCGAGGACUUAUCAGUACAGGAAGGUGAUGAAGCCCAUGCUGGAGCGCAAACGCAGAGCGAGGAUCAACCGGUGCCUGGACGAGCUCAAGGACCUUAUGGUGACCGCUCUCCAGGCCGAAGGGGAGAACGUGGCCAAAUUGGAGAAGGCCGACAUCCUCGAGCUCACCGUUCGUCAUCUGCACACCCUCAGAGCAGCCAGGAGGCUCACCUUGACCCCGGAGAACAGCUACGCGGACAGAUUCAGGGAUGGGUUCACUCAGUGCGCUCAGGAGGUGUCCUCGUUCCUCUCCACACCUGUGGCCGCAAACGUUCAUCCCGCUGCCGGGGCGCAGCUGAUGAGACAUCUCGGCGGAUGCCUCAGAAGGCUGGACGGACCAUCCUCGGAGCCGUUUGGGAACUCCGGAGAUGCCUUUGGAGACGUCGCGUCUGUGGAGUCCGCACCUGCCAGCCCGAACAAGGUCAAGGUACCUAGGAACGUUUACACGCCGCCGCAGAGUCCCGUCAGUGUGGCCAGCUGUUUCGGCGAUGCUUUGGACAUGGCCAAUCCUGUUUGGAGACCUUGGUGAUGGAGAACUCGA